CUUCAGGCAAAAACGUUUCGUUUUGCAUUGGACAUAAAUACGUUCACACAGUAGAGCCAGUGAAUACCAACAGUGGCCAACAAAAAUGAGGCAGAUUAAUGUAUCGGUGGUCGGUAUGUCCGGUACCGAAAAGGACAAAGGUCAAAUUGGCGUUGGCAAAUCAUGUUUGUGCAAUCGAUUCGUGCGACCGUUAACCGACGACUACUUUAUCGAUCACAUAUCUGUUCUAAGCCAGUCGGAUUUCAGCGGUCGCAUUGUAAACAAUGAUCAUUUUUUAUACUGGGGAGAUGUUCGUAAAACAUCUGAGGAUGGUACCGACUAUCAAUUUCAUGUCAUUGAACAAACUGAAUUUGUGGACGAUGCAACAUUUCAACCGUUUAAAGUUGGAAAAAUGGAAUCAUAUAUCAAACGUUGUACGGCUACAAAAAUUGUAUCAGCUGAAAAAUUGAUGUACAUUUGCAAAAAUCAAUUAGGCAUUGAAAAAGAGUACGAAGAACGUCUCAUUCCCGAUGGACGAUUGGCAAUUGAUGGUUUUAUUUGUGUGUUUGACGUAAGUCCCGUACCGAAUCGGUCAAUUGAAAAGCAAGUGGAAUAUGUGCAGCAAAUCAUAAAUAUAUGCAUGAAAAAUAAAAAACCCAUCGUACUGGUGACGACAAAAAACGACGAAGCCAAUGAGCAUUUUGUACGCGAAGCGGAAAAAAUAUGCCAACGCAAAGAGUACAAAGGCAAUAUAUUUUUGGUUGAAACAUCAUCGCAUGAAGCGAUCAAUGUGGACAUUGCAUUUUUAUUGCUCGCUCAAUUACUUGAAAAAAUUAAAGUUCGCACAAAAAUUCUCAGCUAUAAUGAGGCAUCGCGUUCACGAAAAGAACUACUAGAUUGCAGCACAGAAGCAGUCAGCCGAUUGAUACGCAGUCAAAUUAGUGAUUAUCAUACGACAUGGAAUCAAGCAUCGAAAAUGCUUGCAAUACACAAAGAUUGGCAAGAAUUUUUGGAAUUAUUUGGACAAGAGGCUGGCCAACGGAUUUUCCGACGUCAUGUGAAAAAAUUACGCGAAGACAAUGUAUCGCGUCGUCUACAGGCCUAUAUGCUUAAUUUGAAUAGUGUUCUACAUGAAUUUUUGCCCGAUUUGCAAACGGUGAAUCGUGAAAUAAGCGGCGGCGAUUGGAAUCUGGUUCGUCCGUACAUUAAAAGUCACACCGAAUAUGACCAAUACUUUUUUGAAUGCGAAGAAGCACCAUGGAUGGAUCUGAGCGAUGUUAGCGAUUGCGAAGAUGAGCCACGCAUUCCAUUUGAUGUGCUUGAGACACCGGAAGCCGAAACUGUUUUCAAAAACCACUUGAACGCUCUGCAACAAGAACAAAAACGACUAGAGAUGCCAAAGAGAUGGAAGAAACAGUUCAAAAAACUUCUAGAAGAGGCGGGCUAUGUUACACCCGGCAAGCAAUUAGCCGAAGUGCGCGUAUUAUUCAUGGGUCGUGAAUGCUUUGAGGCACUAUCCGAACAUGAUUGCCAGCAAAUCUACGAUAAUCAUCAAAAAGAGAUUAUCGAACGAGCAAAGCAUAAUUUUCAAGAGCUUCUACUUGAAAACGCCGACCUAUUCUAUCAUUUCAAAAGCAUCGAACCAUCUGGUACGAUAACGCAGGACGACAUCAAAGAAAUUACGGAUGUAUUACAAGAUGACUCACGUUACAAAAUACUUGACCGACUAGACCAAGAUCGAAAAUUAAUGCUAUUCCAGCAUCUUGGUUUUAUUCAUGUUCCACUCCGAGAACAUUGCCCGGCAUUUCCAAAUUGCGUCGAUGCCAUGGUUGAACGGAUCAUUGGCGCCAAAAAAUCACAAAGUUUAUCAAGAAAUCAUUGGAAGCAGUCGUCAUCGUUUCCGCCCAGCGAUUGUACACUGAAUGUAUUAGUUCUCGGUGCCGAGCAAUUAGCUAGCGAUAUAAUUAAUGAAAUUUGUUUGAAUUGUGGCGACGAUGGAGAAUACAUAUACGAUGGUCAACCAUACUAUUUGCAUACGCGCAUCAUAAAUGGCAGCGACCACGAGACAUUUAAAAAUAUCGAUUUUCACACAAGCGGAUUAAUUUGCGUGUACUCAAAUCAACAUACGGUUGAAUAUUUAAAAGAUAACUUGGAACGGAGUUUACUGUUUAAUUUAGAAAUGGAAGAUAAAUUCGAAUGCAUUCCAUUGGUGUUGGUCUAUCAGCCGGAAGAUCAAAAGGAUGACAACGAAAUUGAAAUUUUGCGCAACGAAGGCCAACAUCUGGCCGACAUGUUGCACUGCACAUUCAUCGAUACGUCGUUGAAUUUCUACCAUCAUCGUAAAUCACAGCACCAAAAUUACAUUUACAAUAUUUUGAAUAACAUUAUUGAAUGCAUUCGACUGACCGAACAUCAAAAGCCGGACGAUCUGUAUCAAUGUGAUGCACAGCCAGACAUUCGAAUCAUCGUGUGCAUGUUUUGCGGUGAUCCAUUUUCCGUUGAGAGCAUCCUAAGUCCGAUACUAUCCGAGCCAACGAGCACGAUGUCCAGCGAACGUAGUGUGAUAUUUGAAUCGUUUUUGGGUGAUACAAAACGGAAAAUCGAAGUGAUUUUCUCAUCGUAUCACGGUGCCAAUGCAUUCCGCGAUGAACUGGUGCACGGUUUUAUACUGUUGUAUUCGACAAAACGACGUGCUUCGUUAGCAACGUUGAAUGCAUUCUCAAUGAAUAUUCCAAACUUGCCGAUGCAACUAAUUGCCAUUACGGACAAUGGCGGAGCAAAUGCAUUUUUCAACAAUGAAUUAUGUCAGAUGUUAAUUACAGAAGGGAACACCGUUGCUGAGAAAUUACGCGCACACUUUAUGACAUCAGCCGGAGGAAAUCAGUUGAAAUUUACGUUUUAUACACCGUUCUUGCAAGAAGUUUGGGAAAAGAAACCGGAAAUCGAACAAGCUUUUCAUAUGGAAGAACCAGUUACAUUGGACUCCGGCGAAGGUACGCUUGAACAUUCGACACACCAUUUGCCGCAACCACCGCCGCGUCAUGACAGUUAUAUGCUUAAGAAUGCUGACGGUUCCGGCAGCGAAAAUUAUGAACAUCUACCCACACGAUCACUUAAUUCACUCAACGGGGGCGAUGAUAACAACAUCAAUUUCAAUUUGAACGAUAAUAAUGAGAAAUACCCACAUUUGUAUAUGCUCGGCGAAAAGGAUAUGGGCAUUGAUGAUUCGUACUUGAACGAUGAUGAUAAGGAUGAUAAAACUAGACUUAUUCACCAAGGCUUUCAGAUAUAUCCACCGCCAACGACACCUCCCGAGCCAGCACCACCUGAUCAUAUCGGAACGUCGUCAAUGAUGCGACAAUAUAAAAGCAAUUUGGUUUCAGCCUCACAGUCCAGUCUAGACGACAUCACAUCCGACGUAAGUGGUUCGAAGGAUUCAUUAACAACUCACGACUCAGGUUGGCUGGACGAUGCACAAUAUAACGAUAAGCGCGGCGGUGUAGGCAUUAGCGGAAUCGCUGGUUUGGGUAGCAGCUCGGGUGAAAAAGAAGGUCGACGAAACAUACUAUGGAACAAUUUCAGUUCACAUCAUGCAUUCACAACAGGACGUCAUCCACGUCAAAGCGACACAAAUUUUGGUAGUAAAGUUCGACCAAAGGGACCUAGUCAAACGCUUAAGCAACCGGGCAAAUUGAACUUGAAAAAUUUCGCCAUUGUUAACGAUGCACUGGCCCGCAUGAAUGUCAACAGUGAUAAUAAUAUGCAAGAAGGUGAUAAAACUAAAAAUAAAAAACUUUCUAAAAAUUCUACCAAAAAAUCAACAUCUAAAUCAAAAACAAAAUGCUCUGCUCCCCUUGCUGCACCUGAAGACGAUUCGGAUGAUUUGGCGGAAUAUGCACAAGUCAAAGAUGUGUACGGUUUGGAUGGCGUUGUUGGAACUGCACCGGAUCCGACCAUCUUCAACUUUACCCAUCACGAUGGCACAUCAUCUACAUCCAAAUCCAACAGUAAGACGCGACAUCGACGUGAUAAAGGACCAAAAUAUUCUGAAUCAGAUAGUGAGUCAAGCUCAUCGGAACAAAAGAAUCGCAGCGGACUUGAUGGUUAUUAUAAAAUGAAUCGCAAAGCUCAAACACACAAACGAAUGCGAAAGAAGCGAACAGCGAUACCUGUUCAACCGCCAAAAGUACCAUUUGGUACUUAUGUUUGUCCACCAGAAAUUCCAUCGUCUCUCUAUCAAAAAAUGAAAAAUGAAACCAAGAAAAUAAGCACAUUGGAAAAAGGUAAAAUGUACGGUGAUGUACAAGAGGAGGAGUCAAGCAUAGAUGUCUCAUCGCCACGUGACAAUAACUCACCAAUCUUCGGUGUUGUGCCAAAGCUGAAGGACAAUGAUCGUGAAAAAUUGCUGGAGCGUAAACGUGAAAAGCAAAAAUUGGCUGCCAGCAAAGAAGAGGAAAAAUUGGAAAAACGAAGAGCCAAAGACGAAGCAGCCAAAUUGAGAAAGCUCAUGGAUAAAGAAAAGGAAUUGGAAAAGAAAAUGAAACGCAAAUCCAAACCGAAUGGAAAAAAUAUGGUCGAGGGCACCGCACUAUCCGACUUUUUGCAAUCGGAAAAGAAUUUAGUUCCAUUGUUUAUGGAAAAAUGUGUCGAAUUUAUCGAACAAGAGGGCUUAGAUUCGGAGGGUAUUUAUCGAGUGCCCGGUAACCGAGCACACGUCGAACUAUUGUAUCAAAAAUUGCAAGAGGAACCAAAUGCUGAUAUCGAUGUAAUGGAUAUUCCUGUGAAUGCAGUUGCAACUGCAUUGAAAGAUUUCUUUUCGAAGCAUCUACCGCCCCUCUUUGAAAAAGAUGUAAUGAAGGAACUCGAAGAAAUCGCAGCGUCAAUUUUGUCCCGAAACGGAGCCCCAUCAAACUUAAAUAUGGAAGUGAAAACCGAUCGAAGCUGUCGACUGCUUGCACUCCGAGGUCUACUCAACAAGUUACCGCCAAUCAAUUUCUCCAUCUUGAAAUACAUUUUCCAACAUUUUGUACGUGUGUCUGAAAAUUCGAAACUCAACAGUAUGGAUAGCAAGAACUUGGCAAUUUGCUGGUGGCCAACAUUGAUUCCAAUUCAUUUCACUGAUAUGAUGCAUUUCGAGCAAUUGCGACCCUAUUUGGAAGACAUCGUACAAACAAUGAUCGAUCAAUAUCCAUUUUUAUUCUGUGGCAAAGAAGCGUUUGUCAUGGUUUAGAGCGAUUUAGUAUACCAAUUGAAUGAUAUUAUAAAUAAUUAAUCAUUUAAAUGCAAAUGUAAUUGUGUCCGUUUUUAUUUAUUUGUUAUAAAAUGGAAAUGAAAUGAAACAGAAAAAAUGCAUCGGUUAAAUGAAGAAAAUGCAAAUUAUGUCAAUCAUAUAUUAAAAUGACAAAGAAAAAGCGAAGAAUAAGAAGAAAAAAACAGACAAAGAACUAUUUGAAGUCAAGAUGAACUUUAUCACAAAGAUGGAAAAAUUAGAAAUUGUGGCGAAAAAAGAGAACAGAAAUUUACUGUCACCACAUUCAAUUUCCAAAAGCCGAGGUUAGUGAAUUUGCGAAACGGAAAUCAACAUUUUAAAUUUAGAAAUAAAAACGGAAAUUGGCUGACGCACACAAAAAAGGAACUAAUUGAGUAGACAUAUUACCGAGUAAUCGAAUUCUUGUGAAUGCACUUAAACAAAUUUAUUAUAGAACACUAACAACAAAAAUCAGCUGACACGAUCAGAUAAUAAAUCAGAUUUUAAAAUAAUUAAGCAUACCGAUCAAAUACAAAUGAAAUGGAACAUCAAUAUCACCCGCUCUUAAUCAGUAGAAAUCAAAUACAUUGCAUGCAAACGUUGAAGCCAAAUAAACUAAUUACAAAUAAAUAAAUAAAUAAAAAACAAAUAAUAAUUCUUUUCCCAUUCGCUUAACGCACAACUUAUAGGUAGUAAAAUGAGAAAAUAGUUUAUAUUCUUGAUGUGAAACAUGUAGAAAGCAAACCAAUGAAAUAUAACAAACAAAAACACACAAAUAUAACCAAACUCGAACACGCUCACAUUGUCAAAGUAAAACUCCUUUAAAUGCGAUUCAAUCGAAGCCCCAAAACUGAAUAUCACUAACAUCAAUAAAUGCUCUCAUCCAACAAUGAACGUUUAAAUAUAAAUAUUAGUACGAUGCCCCGAAAAAUGGUCCAAAAAAUAAAUUUUAUUGUUUCAUCCUUGAAAAAAAUCACCCUUUUCAAGUCGUAAUCUUCCUCGCACUAUAUUUCAGUUUGGUAUUUUUUGUCGAAUGUUGUGGUCUUCCUGUCGGCUUUCUUUUCGUUCAAAGCGAUAUUUUCGGGGCGAAUCGAUUUAAUUUAUCGAUAUAUAAGUAGAAUCUCUCUUUGAUGAACAAAAAAAUCAUCAAAUUGAAAUUGUUGAAAUCGGACAAAACGCCACUUCGUUGACGAACAAUCGAACUACUUGAUCGAACGAAUAAAUAGACAAGAAAGAAAUCUCUCUUCUUAUAAAAAAACGGCGAUAUCUUUUGCUGUGCAAAUGGAAUAAAACAACAAAUUGCGCUUCAACCAAAACAUUCCGUUUUUAUUUUCAUUUUUUUAUGAAUUAAUAAUCUGAAUAACAAAAUUCAAUGCCAUUAAAAUUAUAAUUGUAGAAAAAUAGAUUUUAAAAGAACAAAUAUUUUGUGUUCGUGUAUUGCGAAUGCCAGAAUAAAUAUUGUAAAACGCUUUUUUCAUUGAAAACAUGACGGGACAUCUUUAUAAACAAAACAAAUAGAAU